CUUUGACACGUGCUGUAACCUCUCCGAGCUGUGCAAACCCCGCAGCAUCUUCAUCCCCGAGGAAGAGGAUCCCGGGUCACGAUCACGUCAAUAAACCACCACAUUUGAGAUCAAGAUCGAAACGGGAUUAAAAUGGUGACCGGAGAGCUCAAACUGGACCUCUGAAGGCGUCUGGGCUGGCUGCGGGAGGGGGGCGCAGCAGCCCGCACCGUGUGUGUGCGUGUGAAGAGUUCCAAACCCGCGCGGGGGGAGGUGGAUACUUAUUCAGGUUACGGCACUGCGCCGCAUUCCAGCCCCGCAGCGCCGCGCCGCGCAGCGCUCCGUCCUCCGCACAGAUCCGGCUCUUCUCCCGCAGCUUUCGGGACUAAGGAUGCGCAGAGACCACCGCUUUCGAGGCGCUUAGAGGCGGACGGAAGAGCCGAGCCCCCCGCGCGCCUCAGGACCCCGGUUGGACGGCUCCAAACAUGAGCGGAUGGUGGCUGCUGGUCGGGGCUCUGCUCGGCGCUCUGGCCGGGCCGCUCGCCGUUUGCAGUGGGGUCCACGGAGUUUGUGUCUUCGAGGGAUUGCUGCACAUGAACAACACCCCGUGGAGGCCACAGUCUUGCCAGCAGUGCACCUGCUACAGUGACGUGACCAUCUGCAGGCAGAUCCAAUGUUCAAACCCUCACUGCGACUUUAAGAAGGGUCAAGAGUUAAGGAUCUUCCCCAAUAAGUGCUGUCCAGAGUGUGUCUCCUUGUCCCAGGAUUCCUGCCAGUAUGAGGGAAUCACUUAUGGACAUGACAGCCAGUGGAGCCCUUCGCCCUGUUCGGUCUGUGUUUGCUCCAGGGGGAGUGUCUCCUGCAGGCCGCUCCCCUGCCCCCACAUCACCUGUCCUAGCAACCAAAGUUUGAUCCUCCCGGAUGCUGAGUGCUGCCCAAAGUGUGGCCGCAGUGGAGAGUCCUGCUUGUGGGAGGGCACUGCCUACCAAGACGGUGAGGAGUGGACCCCCGCUCUCUGCUCCAGAUGUGUCUGCAGGGAAGGGAGGGCCCAGUGUUCAGUGGUGGAGUGUCAGCAGGUGGUCUGCAGACCUCAGGAGAACUUGGUGAUCCAGCCGGGUCGCUGCUGUCCUCAGUGUGUGUCCAACCCAUGUCUGUCUGCUGGAGAACAGCACCAG